GCGUGUGUCACCAUUUAUCAAUUGGAAAUCUAAAAAAUACAAAAAUAAACGAGUGAAAUCUGUUUUGCAUUCAAAUCCGCUGUUUAGCCAAAGAAACCGAAAUGAAUCAACUACCAAAGCGAGUUUGGCAUGCGACAGCCACGCCUGUUAUUCGACGCACUGCAUCUAAGAUUGCAGGCUCUAAAGCAGCCAGUUCGCAGUUAUUGCAACGGCGUGAGAACUCAGCGACAGCGACCGCAGAGGCCACAGCAGCUGCAACAGCCGAUGCAGUGUGUCCACAUCUGGGAUUGGAGCAGGAGGCAGCAGCUACACCACGCAUACACGCCACAGCCGAGUGGCAGAAUGCUUUGUCCUAUCAGGAGAUACCGGGACCAAAGCCAUUGCCCAUACUUGGCAAUACUUGGCGUUUGAUGCCAAUAAUUGGACAAUACACGAUCUCGGAUGUGGCUAAAAUCUCAUCACUGCUGCACGACAGAUAUGGCAGAAUUGUGCGCUUCUCUGGGCUGAUCGGCAGACCCGAUCUUCUCUUCAUCUACGAUGCCGAUGAAAUUGAAAAGUGCUAUCGGAGCGAAGGACCAACCCCCUUCCGGCCAUCGAUGCCCAGUCUGGUCAAGUACAAGAGCGUUGUGCGCAAGGAUUUCUUUGGCGAACUUGGCGGCGUUGUUGGCGUUCAUGGUGAGCCAUGGCGUCAGUUCCGCUCGCGUGUUCAGAAGCCUGUGCUGCAGUUAUCCACCAUACGUCGCUAUCUGCAGCCACUGGAGGUCAUUACUGAAGAUUUCCUGGAACGCUGCGAGCGGCUGCUGGAUGCCAACGAGGAGCUGCCUCUUGAUUUCGACAAUGAGAUCCACAAAUGGUCCUUGGAGUGCAUUGGACGUGUGGCUUUGGAUGCGCGCCUGGGUUGCCUGGAGGACAAUCUGACGCCCGACUCGGAGCCACAGCAAAUUAUUGAUGCCGCCAAGUAUGCGCUGCGCAAUGUGGCAACCUUGGAGCUGAAGGCGCCUUACUGGCGCUACUUCCCUACGCCACUUUGGACGCGCUAUGUCAAGAACAUGAACUUCUUUGUAGGUGUGUGCAUGAAGUACAUACAGAGCGCAACGGAGCGCCUGAAGACGCAGGAUGCCAGCCUACGUAAUGGAGAACCAUCGCUGCUGGAGAAGGUGAUCAUGUCGGAGAAGGACGAGAAGAUUGCUACCAUAAUGGCAUUGGAUUUGAUACUCGUUGGCAUCGACACGAUAUCCAUGGCUGUUUGCUCAAUACUUUAUCAAUUGGCCACACGGCCUGCGGAGCAGCAAAAGGUACAUGAAGAACUGAAGCGUCUGCUGCCCGAUGCCAAUACCCCGCUGACAAUUCCACUGCUCGAUCAGAUGCACCAUCUAAAGGCAUUUAUCAAGGAAGUCUUUCGCAUGUACAGCACUGUCAUUGGGAAUGGACGCACACUACAGGAGGACAGCGUCAUCUGUGGCUACCAGGUACCCAAGGGAGUGCAAGCGGUUUUUCCCACAAUAGUCACCGGCAACAUGGAGGAGUAUGUCACAGAUGCGGCCACAUUUAGACCCGAACGCUGGCUGAAACCUCAGCAUGGUGGAACUCCUGGCAAACUGCAUCCGUUUGCUUCGUUGCCCUAUGGAUACGGUGCUCGCAUGUGUCUGGGCCGCCGGUUUGCUGAUCUUGAGAUGCAAAUUCUGCUGGCCAAGUUGCUGCGCAAUUACAAGCUGGAGUACAAUCAUCCGCCACUGGACUACGCUGUGACCUUUAUGUACGCUCCCGAUGGACCACUUCGCUUCAAAAUGUCGCGAAUUUAAUGAUAGUCGUUAAGCCAUGUACUAAUUAUAAGCACUCCCUUCACUUUAUGUAUAAAACUGCUUGCUAAAACGUUCUAAAUAAUAGUUUUCAAUUACCAAUCUAUAUAUUUUCCUAC